AUGAAAAAACCUAGAUUUAUUGAUGAUUUCGUCAAAUUUCAAGAAUCAGAAUCAGUGAUCUCAAAAUGGAAAUGGAAACCAACAGCUGAUAGAAACAGCGAAGAGUGGAAGCUGCAUAGGACCCCACGAGGGCUAAGACCCGGAAAGAACUUAGGAACAUGGCCAGGCCGCCCCCGGUCUUCGGGGGCGGCCAAGCGAAACUGGGAAAAGUUCAUCACCAAAGGACUUUGUUACGGCUGUGGUGGUGACUACCAGUUCCAAGGGGGAUUGAAGGUUCAUGUAGAUAGUUCGGAGUAUACGGGUUAUAGAUAUUACUACACCAAACCAGGAUACAGGCUGAAAGCCAGAUCUUGUGAAGACGCCAGAUAUAUUCACAUUAAUUUUGUGCUUCUUGCCGAGUUGAGGCAUUUUGAGAGGGAUCUACAAUCAGAAAUCGAGACUCACCGCGAUGUGUACGCAUCGCUCACCGGAACCGGAAGACGACUCCUGGGAUCCUUAUCUUCCCAGGAAGACGCUGUCAUGCUGCAGAGAAGGCUGGACGAGAUGAACCAGAGAUGGCAUCACUUAAAAGCGAAGAGUAUGGCUAUCAGAAACCGCCUUGAAAGCAACGCAGAACACUGGUCAGCACUUCUGUUAUCGCUGCGGGAGUUGACAGAGUGGGUGAUAAGGAAGGAGACGGAACUUAACGCUCUGGCUCCACCGAGAGGUGAUCUUACAGCACUUAUAAAACAACAAGACGAUCACCGUGCAUUCAGGCGACAGUUAGAAGACAAACGACCUGUGGUGGAGAGUAAUCUCCUCAGCGGAAGGCAGUAUGUGGCUAACGAACCACCAUUAUCAGACACAAGUGACACGGAAGCGAGCCGUGAGAGUGAAGGUGACUCUCGCGGAUACCGAUCUGCAGAGGAACAGGCGCGGGAGCUGGCCAGGUCCAUCCGGCGUGAGGUCGCCAAGUUAGCUGACAAGUGGAACUCUCUUGUUGAUCGAAGUGACGCCUGGGGCCACCGUCUUGAUGAUGCUGUACAGCCUUCGUCGUCUUACCCGAAACUAUCAGCCUCAAAAUCUCCUGCAUACCAAAUAGUAUGGAGGCGGUGCCUCCAUGAGGCACAAGGCAUAAACUAA